AGUACGGGACUCACUCCAGCAGCAGUGUGUCCUCCUUAAACAAACCCGAGCAAUGCGCUUAUUUCCCGCACCCAUUGCCAGGGAGACACGCUCCGCGCUGAAAUGAGCCGAUUAAACAGGGAAACUUUUCAAAUCAUGGCCGAGACGGUGGAAAAGUAAAGCGAGACGCCUUGAGUACGGACUGCGCUCUGCUUUUGCGUACUACACGCACACGAGUAUGCACGAGCCCAGCUGAUCGAGACUCGAACCCGCGGCGUUUGACGUGAAGAACCGUUAUCCCUCGACUCUAUAUCACCGUUCACUCCAGAAACGGCUGACAUUAGCUAUCAAGUGCAGUUCCUGAUAUAAUUAAGGAUGGCGGAGAAGCUGACAGGACAAGGCGCGGGAAUAUUGCUGGUGACGGCCAACGUUGGAUCGCUGUUUGAAGAUCUGGAGAAUCUACAGAAGACAUGGCUGCGGGAGUUUUACCAGACCGUUCAAGCACACAGGCCUCAUUUUGUGGCGGUUCACUGUCAGGAAGUUGGUGGGAAGAAUUAUGAAGCGUCCAUGACGCACGUGGACAGCUUCAUCAAUGAGCUGCUGUCCAGUGACGCCAUGAAGGAGUUCAACCGAGCGUGCAUCUACUUCGACAAGAACUACAAUUCACAGGAGCAGUUCACAGCUCUGGGAUGUUGCUACUUCCUCCACGAAUCGUUGAAAAACAUCCAGCAGUUUGAUUUCAAAGCCAAGAAGUUCAAGAAGGUGGUUGGUAAGGAUAAUUGCUCUGACAAGCUGACGAGCUCCAACAUGCUGGAGAAAGAGAAGUUUCCUCAACACUAUUUCCCUGGGUGUAAGUGGUCCAGAAAAGGCUUCAUCAGAACUCGAUGGACUUUGGCUGACUGUGCCUUUGACCUGGUCAACAUCCACCUGUUUCACGAUGCAUCUAAUUUGGUGGCGUGGGAAAAAAGUCCCUCUGUCUAUUCAGCCACGCGACAGAAAGCACUCAGCUACGUGCUGGAAAGGAUCACAGAUCAGCGUUAUGAGCGGCUGCCGUAUUUCUUCUUCGGUGACUUUAACUUCAGGUUGGACUUGAAGCAGGUUACUGAGGCUCUCUGCUCGACUGCCUCCAUGCAGACAGUGAGAGCGGCCGACACCAAUCAAGUGGACAAACUCAUCUAUAGAGAAUCAGACAAUGACCGCAAGGUCGUCUUACAGCUGGAAAAGAAGUUAUUUAACUACAUAAAUCAGGAUGUUUUCCGGGAAGACAACGGAACGCUGCUUUUACAGUAUGAUAAGGAGCUGUCCACCUUCAAAGACCAUCUUCAUGAGCUGCAGAUCUCAUUUCCUCCCAGUUAUCCGUACAGUGAAGACAGCAGUCAGGGGAAGCAGUACAUGAACACGAGAUGUCCCGCCUGGUGUGACCGAAUCCUGAUGUCGGCCUCGGCCAGAGAUCUGCUGAUAAAGUCGGAGAAUGAGGAGAAGUCAAUAACAUAUGACAACAUGGGACCCAACGUCUGUAUGGGGGACCACAAGCCGGUCUUCCUGUUCUUUCGGUUAAUCACAGGGGCAGGUAAACCUCAUGCACAUAUGCACAAGUGUUGUGUCGUGCAGUGAUGUGGGAGAUGUUGCCAAAGCUGGAGAAGAUUUCAUGAAAAGCGCCCCUGUGAGAAACAGUUGGACGGACACAAACACACUCUUACACACACACACAUACUCUUACAUACAAUCACACACAUACACACACACACACACAGAAGAGCCUGUGCUGUCGCAUCCAUAGCAACGACACAUUUACACAUCAUGAACGCUUCAAGAGUUCACAGACGCACGUGUUCUGCGUCGCUGCAUUUCCUCGAAACACCGUGAGACAUUCCCACACAUCUUUGCCUUGUUUCCAGAACUCUAAUCUCACACGAGAAAUACUCACGAUUUUAAAAAGCAUACUUGCGAGUUUUAGACGCGUAUCUCCCCACAUAUGAUGAGCUUCUCCCAUACAGUAUAUAAGAUGUUUUAAAAAGUGCAAUGCAUUGUUGUAUAUCUCUAUUAUUAAGUUUAUUUGUACAUCAGGAUAUGACACAUGAGUCUUCUAGACGUCCUCUGUUAGAAUACAUUUACAAAGAUUUCUAUGAUUGUGUUUUCUUUGGGUUUGAUUUUUUGCCGACUCGUGUUGUUACACCCUGCCAUGCCUCGUACAGCCUCUCAUUUUAUAUUCUGUAUUUUUUAAAGAGAUAAUUUAUAAUUAUGCUGAUUUAUGAAGACAAACGGCUGCUUGGAUGUUUGUCAGCUCAAAUGUUUAAAUAGUUAUAAACAAUCAUGUAAUAGCACAUCAUAUGAGAUGCCAUUUUAGCCAAUAUGAUUAUAUAUAAAUAUAUAUAUCUCCAGUUUAAAGUGUUUUCUGUCCUUAAAGAAGUGCCAUAAGCCAUGCAAGUAUAUUAGAGAGUUUCAUAUCUCAGUCAUGCUCGGUUAUUACUCUUAACUUAUUUCUGUGUGAUAAUGAUAAGUCUGAAUGUGAUGUUUUAAAUCGGCUUGGGGAUCUUAAAAUAGCGCUAUCCUUUCUCUUUCUCUUUCUCUUUGUUUUCCUUUUUUAGGAUUAUUUUUGUUGUCUUAUCGUGUCAUGGUGCCAACUGUUGAAACACGUCUAAUGUAGAGUUUGAGUUCAUCCUCACAUUGUGCCGUCCGGCUUUAAAGGGGAAAUACUCUCAGAUUUACACCCGUUACUAGUAACUAAUAAUGUGUCAUCACAGCCGUUCCACGUGAUGUUACAAUUGCUCAGUUGUAACAACAUUACAAUGUAACAUGAACACUGUAAAGACAAAUGUUACAGUUCCCGAUGAAUUCUUUGAGCUGUUGUGCUUUAUUGAUGUCAUUCAUUACACUACAGAGAAUCCCUCCAUUGAUCCUUGAUUUCUAAAUCACAUCAGAAUGAUUUUGUGACGCCUUGACAGUGAUUUGGUUUGAUAAAACUGCUUGUUAACAGUUUUCUUCCUGCAAGUCAGGUGAUACAAUUCACUGUUUAAGCAGAUAGAGAUGAGACGUCACGGAUGGCAAGACCUCCAAAAGCAAUAAAAUCAUCCGGAUUCAUCUGAGUGCCUCUUUGUCAUUAGUCAAGCAAACCCGUAAUCCCACCAAAUCCAGCGGAACCAGUUUUGGCAUUUCGAUGUUUGACAUCAUUAUAGAUGAUGAUGCUGUAGGGUAAGACAUAAUAUUAGAAAGAUGUUUUGUUGUUAUUAUUAUUAUUAUUAUUAUUAUUACAGUCAUUCUCAUUUGUAAUGAAUAUUGUUCUCAUAUUGUGAUUAUAUUGCUGUUAUUGAUGAAAUGAAUGUGAUAUUAUUGAAAAUAUUAUUCUGUUGGUGUGACGGAAUGGCCAGCUCCAGGACGUCCUGCUUAAAAUGUCUCAGGAGAAAAUCGCAUGCGUGGAAAGACACUUGUGUCAUCACAUGACAAUUGCAAAACAGUCUCACACAUGUAUCAUAAUGUUCAGACAACACUUAUUAAACAUUCAUUUGUACAAUCCUUAUAGAGCGUCUGUUU